CCAAUAAAUUAUUCUAAAUCAAUAAAACCUAGGAUUAUUACUGAUCGUCAGAAGGUGUCACUAAUUCUUCUAUUAACUGUAGACAUGUGAAUGAAAACACACUUCUAGCUGAUUCUCCAGAAUCGAGAUUCCAUUGUAAAUUAGCCUUGUUAUCGGCAAGGCAAUCACCGGAAACUCGGAGCACCUGACUGUCAGCUCGACAGAUUCUUCUUCUUGUGUGAAGGCCUUGGGAGUGGAAAGGCAAAGCCUGCCUAUAUCAUGACAGUUUAAGUCGGGAUCCUCGUGCGACAAGAAAGCUGUCACAGGUGACUGAUGUUCAGAAAGAAUCCUGUGUCUAACAGUGGGGCAAAUAUGUUUGGAGAAUAUGCUCAGAUUGCAACUUUUAUAUCAACGCAGCAAAAUGUCAGUCAACAGGGCAAAAACCCUAGCUCUGAGGGACUGCCAGCAUAUUUGCGACAGCCGUAUCAGCCUCAGCAUCCAUGGGGCCAUGGCAAAGAAAAGAAUGGAUUAACAGAAGACUUCAUCAUGGUAGCAGAGUUUUCAGAGCUGGAGGGGCCAAAACCAUUGAUGACCAUUCCAAAAGAUGGAGGAGAAAAAUUUGACCAGAAUGCUUUCUCUGUGAGGAUAUUAGCAGUGGAUCAUCAAAACUCGUCCGAAGGAUUUACCAUUACAGAGGACGCCCAGGUUGUACUUUCAGAUGCAGAAACUGGAGUGUAUGCUUUUGUCCAUCACCUUGUCUUAUAUGACAAUACAGCCAGAGGAUUUGUAAGGCCCUACUGCAUUGCCUAUGUGACAUCCGAGCAGAGGAAACUGAUGCAUUUCUAUGAAGAGCUGUCAGUUCAGUUUAAAAAGGUCGCAAGGUAUAUGAAGUACGGAAAUAAAAUGCUCUUUGUUGGAGACCUGGAAAGACACUUGAAAGAUCUGGAUCACACUAAAGGCUUCCUUCUAAAUCAAGUUUCUAAAAUGAGGCUUCGUGACUCCGAAGCUCCUGGGAAUGGUCAGGAUGUCCGCAAGAAUGCGGAAAAUGAGCUGUACAAGGGCUUGCAAACUAUAAGACAAUCCAGUAUAGAAAUACGGGAAAUUCUCUCCAUUCUCAAACCUCUGUUGUCUGAUAAGAAACUUGAAGCUCGUUUUCGUUUGUUGGAGGAUCGGGCGUUUCAGUCGUCCAGUCAGUCUGGACAGGACAAAUUGAGCCUGCAGGAAAACUGGUUUAAUGAUCUUUCUUCUCUGGAUGGCUUGGACGUCAGAUGUGGUUCCCUCAAUGAGCCUAGACUAUCCCCUCUGUCCCUGUUCAAGCCACGAGAGUACAAGCCUUUGCUUGUAGAAACGAAGAAGGCGAAAAGGUUUAAUGCUCCACUCAGGGGAAUACACGAACUUUGUUCUUGGGGAGCAAAAGAAGGCCUGAGAAGACUGCGGCAUAUACAUGAGUAUUUCAAAAGAAGCUACCUCGUCCUUGAACUUGAGAAAAAUGAGUCAAAACUCUUCCGGCCAGGAUAUUGCAGCAUCUCCCAUGGCCAGUGCAUCACAGGGAAUUUCCUCGCUGGAGUUCACAUGAAACGUUUCCAGGGAAAUAUGGAUGGUCCAGAGCAAGAGUGGUGGGCCAUGUUCAACUCUCAUCACUGGGGUUCGCAGGGUUCGUUGGACUCCCUGGAAAGUUUCAAGUCUGCAGACUCUUUCUCAUCUUAUGUGGGGUCCAGGAAUAUUUCUCCCUCAUCCUACCAAACUUAUGAUAGUCAAAGUGUGAAUGUGUUUGAGUCGGCACCCUCAUCCCCAGACAGAGGGGGAAUUUACUUACUUAAUGACCAAGAGUAUUACCCGGGCAUGGAUAUUCCCUAUGAUACUGUUCAGAAUCUAAAAGGAACAGAAAAGAUGGGUGACUCACCUGUCAGUUUAUACCUGGAGAAUUCCAGGCCGGUCAGUCAGUGCAUUGAAAAUAUAGGAUGUCCAAAGAGAAGUGCUUAUGUCAGUCAGUCUCCCGAAAAAAAGGGGACAGGCUACAAUGUGCCAAAAGCAGUUGGAGAACAGUCGGAAAUGCAGGGACAAUCUGUCUCAUCGUCAAAUCUUUCUUUCAGCAGUCUAACAUCUCCAGCCGAAAAACUGUCCUCUGAGAAAUGUAAUGCAUGCAGUGGUGAAGAGUUUAAAAGUGCCUCUGUUGAGGAGGAUACUCUCAGGAUUCGUGAAAAUAUGCAAGGAAAUGUUGCAGAUGUGUCUGAGUUUUCAUCAUCGAAUGCUGACAGGGUAAAUAAUGUUGUCGACAGAACAACUCAGCGGAAUCUUGACGGCAAGCUUGAAUCUGAGAAAAGAAUUAACAGCGAAGCAUGUGUAAAUCAUUUAGAUUCUUGCAAGUCAAGCAUGGUGGAAGACGGAACCAAAAGUCUUUCAGAAAACUCUGCUCCUUUGUCGAAUGUUGUACAUUCCAAGAUUCAGGGCAGUGACACUGACACCCACUCUGGCACACCAUCCGGAUCUGAGCCUGAGCAUCACCAAAAAAGGGUUGGGAGCAAAUUAUCAGAACUAUUGUCCAGUAUAGAUGAGUUGAGGGAGUCCUUUGGCGUUGCUCAUUCCCAAUCAGAAACGGAUGUUGACCCUAGAGAUGGCAAAGAGCCUUCAUCGGAUGUCACUGGGGAGGUUCCUCAGCAGGAACCAAAUGUCGGUAACAGUAAUGUACAAUCUUCACCAAUGACACUGUCGCCAAAGUCCUCUUCCAACUCUCUGCCUCCAUACAAACUUCAGAUGACUCAGUCUGGGUCUAGUGGACGUCUGAGGCUGAGAGAUUCAAAUUACCCUCCUUCAUCUAGCAUUGGGGACGAAGACGGAUCACGUAGGGUGAGGUCUGAAUCAGACGCCUCCUCUGCUUUCACCGAACUUUCUGUGCGGGAUUUAUUUCCACAUCUUGUCGGCUCGGCAAACAGCUCAAAGGAUUUACUGGGUUCUGGUUCGUGUGAUGCUUGCGAACCACAGGAUUUUAAUGAUGAUUUUGUUGAUCUUACUACAGCCGCAACUACAGGAACCUGGAAGCCAAGGAAUGGACUGUACAGUGUAGGAGACUGGCUGAAUAACUUGGGGCCUGGCCGACCAGGACAUUGUAUCCUGGAAGUGCUAGCCUCGUACGGUCACCUUCAGCACGUUGUCUUCAGUCUUCUUAGCGGCAGACCAGUGCUAGUGGCUGGCUCAGGCCGCUUUGAGGCAGAGGUGGUCAAGAUGAUCAACGCCUUAGCCAUAUUUGUGCCCGUUGCACGCAGGAGGCGACAUUCUGUGUUAGAAUGGACUUCCAAACCCCUUAGAAUUGGAGAUUUGACCAAACUUCGGCUUGUUGGUAUAUGCAGGCCUGAGAGGAAAACUUUAGAUUCUUUUGUCACAAGUGCCAUCAAGAGAGCUUGCACCAUCAUCGAUGUGGAGAGGAAAGUCAUUAUUGCACCUCCAUACCAGGGUCAUCUAAUUACGCAGUUGAUGUCAAAACGAAAGGUUUUAAAAACGGAUGUUCAGUUUCUGGCUUAUCUUGAGUGGUGGCUCAUGGACAUAUUUGCCAAAGUGUUCAUAUUCUUUCAUUCCUUUUGUCUUGGAUCAGCAGGAAGUAUACUUUACUCCCACAACCCGAGAGACCAGCGUGACGCCUACGGCCAGACUGUCAGUGGCAUCAUGACCAGGUUGGAGGUCAAAGACUCGGACUGUGAGAUUGUGGAGUACUUGACUGAGGUGGCUAAAAUUUCUAGAUUGGAGCCUCAUGUAUGGCAUGGAUCAGAUCCAGGUGAGAGAAUAAACUUCUCCUUUUUUUUUUCUUUCUUACUCUUGUUUCUUCUUUUUCUUUCUUUUUUUCUUCCUUUACUUUUUCUUCUUUUUUCUCACUUUACUUUUUCUUCUUUUUUUCUUUAUCUUCUUUUUCUUCGGAUUUCCCCUCCAUUUAUUGGUUGAUCGACUCUAAAUGGAACUUACCCCUUCCCCUUUCAGUCUGCUUGUCUUUAUAAGUAAUGCUGAUCAGAUUUUUUUCAUACACUUUUUAAUUCUGCCUUGGCGGACCUCGUCUUCUUCGCCUUUCAUCUUCCAAAAUGGGUCUUUCAUGAAGUUUGCUCACAAAACCUCAGAUUUUCCAUCUUGAGCUUUCCAGCCUCGUCUGAGACCGAGAAGGCUUAAGUUCUCAAUCCGUGCUUCCUUAAGGUGUGAAGUGUAAGAGAAAAAAAAGGGCAGAAUAUAUGAAUAAAGCUUAUUUUGAAGAAUUUUUGAUCCCUGAGGCAACAGCAAAUGAAACCAUAUGUGGAGGGUACUUUGUAAAUGGAGGCAAAAACUUGGCUUACUGUUUUGUGCUCUUUGUUUUCAUUCUGAAGGAAAAUGUGACUGCUGAGUUGAAACGGUUAGGAUCUUCACAGGUACACACAAGUCAUGAAUUAAAUUUCCUUUUUGGGAAGUUAUUUUAUCGAGUAUCUUGCUGUAUCCCACUCAGCUCGGGUUGAUGCGGACUGAGAGGUUGCAGCAGCCUGCCUUCUAAGUUAUCUGAAUUGCGUUGAUGGAGAGGGGAGGUGCUUAAAAUUGAUAAGACAUUGAUUGUAAAUCAGAGAAAAUAUGUGUGUGUGCCUAGAGAAAGGUACCAAAAGUCGCCAGAGACCAUUUUGAGGUACAGGCUGAAAAAGACAAAAAAAUCACUUUUUUUUACCAAAAUGUAUUUCCAUUUAAAAAAUGAUAGUUCCACC